GCCGCUAUACAACUGCACAGUGGACCAGAAUCUGUGUUCCGUGAGGCACCAAUGCGUGAAACAACCGUAGGCAUAGAAAAAAAGAAGCGUAACACCUGAUGGUUAAAAACAAAGCUAGACUAUUUCAAGGGCGAUACGGUAUGUAUGUAAAUAUUGGGGAUUCAAAGUGAAACUUUGUCAUUAUUAUAAGCGGAAAAAGUAGUUUAUUAUUUUUUAACCGGGACUGUUUGGAGUUGACAGUCUAUGUAUGACGAGACGAUUAUAGAUGACUUGUUUCCCCGUUCGAAAAACGUUUGAGUUUUUUUUGAGAUACAUUACAGUGGAUGAACUCUAAUCACAUGCAAACAAGCGAUGGAAACAAAGACGUUUCAGGGCCGACGCUGCAAAAAAAGAGCUGCUUCUCUCUGCUUCCCUCACCUGACAGCUGGAUGUUCAGAGGGAAGAAGAGGAAACAGAUGAGGGAUGUGGACUCUCUCAGCCUGUGCAGUCUGGACAUCAACGAGCCCAGUAACAAGCGGGUGAAGCCCCUGUCCCGCGUCACCUCGCUGGCCAACCUCAUACCUCCAGUCAAGACUGCUCCUCUGAAGCGCAUUGGACAAACACUGCAGCGUUCCAUCAGCUUCCGCAGUGAGAGCCGGACGGAGACGGUCAUGCCUCCUCGACCGUGGACGCGGCCGGCUCCGCCUGCCAACACCAAGCGGCGAGACAGCAAGCUGUGGAGCGAGACCUUUGACGUGCGGCUCGGACACCAGAUGCUGUCCUCUAAGGAAAUCAAACGCCAGGAGGCCAUCUUUGAGCUUUCUCAGGGCGAGCGGGAUCUCAUUGAGGAUCUGAAGCUGGCCAAGAAGGCGUACCAUGACCCCAUGCUGAAGCUGUCCAUUAUGACAGAGCAUGAACUCACCCAGAUCUUCGGAACCCUGGACUCCCUCAUUCCGUUGCAUGAAGAUCUGCUGAGUCGAUUGCGAGAGGCCAGGAAACCAGACGGCUCUACAGAAACUGUGGGACACAUUCUAGUGGACUGGUUACCAUGUCUGGACUCCUACAACUCAUACUGCAGUAACCAGGUGGCAGCCAAAGCUCUGCUGGACCAUAAGAAGCAGGAUCACCGGGUACAUGACUUCCUGCAGCGCUGCCUGGAGUCGCCCUUUAGCAGGAAGCUGGACCUGUGGAACUUCCUGGAUAUACCCAGGAGCCGUCUGGUCAAAUACCCUCUGCUGCUCAGGGAGAUCCUCAAACACACACCUAACGACCAUCUGGACCGUCAACACCUGGAUGAGGCAAUUAACAUGAUCCAGAGCAUCGUGGCUGAGAUCAACACCCAGACGGGUGAGUCUGAGUGUCGUUUCUAUAAGGAGCGUCUCCUCUAUCUGGAAGACAGGCAGAGAGACCUGCUCAUUGACAGCUCCCACAUCCUCAGCUGUCACGGGGAACUGAAGAACAACAGGGGCGCUAAGCUGCAUGUGUUCCUGUUCCAGGACGUGCUGGUCAUAACCAGGGCCAUCACCCACAGCGAGCAGCUGCACUACCAGCUGUACCGCCAGCCCAUCCCAGUCAGAGAGCUGCAGUGGGAGGACCUGCAGGACGGGGAGAUCCGUCUGGGGGGCUCCAUCAGAGGGGCCUUCAGCAACAACGAGAGGACCAAAAACUUCUUCAGAGUGUCGUUUCAUAGUGGCGGCCAGCUCCAGUCCCACUCGUUCCAAGCCAGCGAUGCCUUCAACAAACAGCAGUGGCUCAACUGCAUCCGCCAGGCCAAAGGAGCCUCUGAGUCGGCCGUGGGGGUGGGGAUUCCUGUAGGGGUGGGAACCAGUAGCAGUGACCCAGAACCCCGUCCAAGCCUACUCAGCCCCCAGAGACCUCUGAGUCCUACAACACCUCCCCUCUCAAGAGCACUGUCCCCCCAGCCAGAGAGCAUGGACCACAAUGACAGUGACUCGUUUGUAGACUCUCCAGAUUGUAGCAUGGACAUGGACACGGCCGAGGCUUCUAACUCCACCACAGGCUGGCCUGGCUCUGCCCAGAUGGACCAAACAGACUCUAGUAGCAGCAGCAGGCCAGCAGAAGUGUGACCACUGGGGUGUCAAGGCUACACCUGGGCAGUAUUGGUGGUAACCUGGCGAUGUUCUUUAUAUGCGGGAGGGAGGCAACACAGUGGGUGGAUAUUGUAGAGCACUUCUUUUCUCUACCCCUUUUUUUCAUUUGUUGUUUUUCUCUUAACUUUCUUUCUAUGAGACAGUGGUGUAGUCUGGAGCAGUGGUAUCCAUGUGUCUUAGCUGUGACUGGCAGGUCUACUAUGGAGGUCUACAUGGAGAGGAAGGCAGCCAUGACUGGGACCUCAGGACAGUAUUGUUGUUGUUGCUCCUGCUCUGACUCUUGACCUCUGCUGUGGGCGGAGUCCUCCUACCCUACAGACAGGCUCCUCUCAUCACCUUCUCACCACAACUAGAUACACUGCCAUCACCUCUUAUCCCACUGCACUACUACUGUGGUCUCCCAGAGCAAAGAGAAUACAUGGAUGAUAUUCUUUUUAUAUAUAUAGAAUAUAUUGUAUGUAGGAAUCUAGAGAACCUGUUGCGUUUGCAAUAAUUGACCCAGUCAAAAUGACCAGAAGAAUGUUUUCAAAGACAAUCAAUAUGAUGAUAUGUUGUUGUUGUUGUUGUUGUUAGGACUUGACAUGGAGUUUAUUUUGUUAAGGAUAGGUUACAACAGUGUUAAUGGGGCAUAGUUGUUUGCUACAGAUUCUUCCCACAUCUUGGCCAGAAAGAACUAUGGCGUUCCAGAACUAUGGCGUUCCAGAACUAUGGCGUUCCAGAUCUAUGGCGUUCCAGAACUAUGGUGUUCCAGAUCUAUGGUGUUCCAGAUCUAUGGUGUUCCAGAUCUAUGGUGUUCCAGAACUAUGGUGUUCCAGAACUAUGGCGUUCCAGAUCUAUGGCGUUCCAGAUCUAUGGCGUUCCAGAUCUAUGGCGUUCCAGAACUAUGGCGUUCCAGAUCUAUGGCGUUCCAGAUCUAUGGCGUUCCAGAUCUAUGGAGUUCCAGAUCUAGGGCGUUCCAGAUCUAGGGCAUUCCAGAUCUAUGGCGUUCCAGAUCUAUGGCGUUCCAGAUCUAUGGCGUUCCAGAUCUAUGGCGUUCCAGAUCUAGGGUGUUCCAGAUCUAGGGUGUUCCAGAUCUAGGGCGUUCCAGAUCUAUGGCGUUCUAGAGGUCAGCAAUUGGCAUCUAGAACUGGCCUCUUGAUAUUGUAACCUAGUAUAAACACAUCACUCAGAGGGGAGAGCUGUUAUUAUUGGUGGCUCAAGCUGGUUUGAUUAAUUGGGUGUUUAUUUUUUAUAUCCUGUCUAAAGUUAAAUUCUGGUGGGAAAGGGCUCAUACGUGAGCAGUCACUGUAGUCUACACCUGUUGUAUUCUGCGCAUGUGACCAUUUUUUUUACUUUAAAUUAAUAUGAGUUCAAAAAAAAAAUGAUAGGACCACCUAUUUCUCCACAAGAAGGAAGUGGGAACAGAAGCAUUUUACAGCAAGUAAACAGCCCUUCCUGGAGGAAGCAAGAUUCUCCGUGGUGUUAAGAGUCAAUGUCUUACACAGAAGCUUUGUAUUAAAAACAGUAUUCAAUUCAUUACUUUUAGUGUGUUUUAGUAGUGUCAGGUUUUUAUCACCCACAAAGUUCUUUACUCACUGGACAUUUUUGUAAAAAGCGAUGCUGAGACUUUUGUAUGGUUUAAAGAAGUAGUCGCAUGUGUCAUAGCUAAACUCAGACCAGUCCUCUGUCACUGGGUGCUCUCGGUGUUGAACUGAUAAACUAGGACUGCUAAAUCAUUGGCAAAAAUGUGUACGUGUCGGGUAAUUAUAAUCUUGUGCAAGUUUACUUGUGGGGCCUCAUGUUCUCUUUCAUUUGAAUAGAAUGGCACGUGUUAAAAAAGGAAUCCGUUUGACCAAGUAAUUACUAAAAGAAAUAUCCAAAAUACAGUAUAUUCUUUUAUUGUCUUGUUUUUUAAAGAAAUGUAUUGAAAUGUAUUCUUUAGUAUGUCUAUUUAUAGUAAUUUUUUUCUAUGAAUUAAUGUUAUAUGAUUUUGUUUGGUUCAUGCUGGAGACUAGAGGUGAGAUUAUGGUUGUACAGGGAGAUAUGGGACUGGAAAGGGCCUAAAGAACAAGACUGGAAAAGAAGGGUUUCAGAACUAGCUACUUAUGUGGCUGUGGGCUGUAAACCUUCAGACACAUGGACUUGAAAGGAAAAGAGACUAUAUUCAAAUAUGAUGUAUGUACUGACUGAAAAAGAUUGACAUGAACAUGUAUAACCUAAUGGAAUUUAGACUGUACCAAAUAAAAGAUAUGAACCAAA